CUGAGUUUUCUUUCCUCCUGUAGCUAGGUACUGGACCGUAAGGUACCUUACUGAGUCCAACUGCCAGAGCUCUCACUACGGCCCCACACCCCGCCAUCCGUCCCGCUGUGGAAACCAACCGAUCCUCAACAUCAACAAAUAAACCAUUCAAGAUACCUACGUUUACAUCCUUCAAAAUGAACAAAGACUCAUCCUUCACGUUCGUUCACAUGCACCGCUCCCGCGACGCAGACCUCUUCGAGGACUUCUGCAAGGACAAGCUCCCCGAUGACGAGAUCUACGUUCCACCUGUCCACCAGCCCAUCAACCCGGAAGACGAAGACGAUGUUGUCCCGGACCAACAUGCCGCUUUUGGAAUUCAGCGCGCUACGCAAAAGUCAAAGGAACCUGCCUGGAAGGACCUGGGUCUUUCGCAGCUCAUGAACAAGGGUCCUAGUAUUGGAACUGGUGGAAAGCCGAAGGGCUCUGGAAGUGCUCUGCCGCGAUGAAUGGGAUGCAUCCUGUUGUUUUUGCUGUUUUGAGCAAGGCGUUGGGCGUAGCAUGACUAUAAAGAAGCAGCGUGUCAGAAUGGUUCAAUAUUAAAUAAGGCAUGAUAUCACAUCGCCAAAGACACAAUUCGUCUCUAUCAAACCCAACCCAUCGUAAAAACUCCAAAACUCCAUCCCCACCAC